AUGUCUAAAUCCAAGGACUCGCACUCCUCUGGGGGCUUCCACCAGGAAUACAUCGCCUCCCUGCGCUAUCGCAAUGACCUUCCUCCUCCGGACAUGCCCCCUAAGCUUCUCGAUAUCCCACAUCAAGGCAUCGGGCGCUUUGUGACCCCCACAUUUUCGUCAAAUCUGUCGCGUCGCGAGGAGCCCAAUAUCGAUGUGGACGCCGAAGGGGGUAUGCCGAUUGACUUGGUCGGUAUUCCUGGCUUGCAUUUGGGCGAUGAGAGUGCUAUCAUGGCCCCCGAGCACCCUCAACCGGUCGAUCCUGCCGAUCUGCCCCUCCUGAUGACUCUUGACCAACUUCGCAAUCCCGCCCCGAAGAACACGAACGUCAGUUUCCUUCGUCGCACUCAACACAUCUCGGUUGACCGAACCCUAUCGAUCAACAGCUCCGCCAGCGCCAGGCCACAUGCGCGGUCGACCAAGAAAGAGAAAGUCUCGGUGGACGAUCCGAAACACAUCAAGAAGUACAUCCAGAAGGGAUUCGAUAUUGCCUACCCCGAGAGCAAGUACACAGGCCAAGAUACAGAGGCUCGCAUCCAAGGCCUUGCUCCCACCAAAGCAGAGACCGAUGCCUGGGCGAAGCCUAUCCACCCCGACAACACGAAGCUCAAGCCCGUCGGAUUCUUCUCAGUGCUUCCGGAUAUCAAUGGCUUCCCCGACACGGGUGGCUUCAUGCAAUUCAAAUUUGACAAGGCGCCGGUUCCUGCAGUCGGAAGCAAGCGCGACAAGCGUAUGGAUGUUGCUAUUCUUCGCCCUUCGGCACCCGAGCAGCGCGUUUGCCAAGAGCAUGCCUCGAAAGUGGCCUUGCACAAGGCCAACCCGCAGUCUUACCCAGAUCCUGGUCCUGUCCCAUUCGACUAUGAGCUCCUUCUCCCCGAGAAGCCAGAGUAUGCUAAGAAUGUGAGGAGCAGCAUGGACAUGAGCAACCCGGAUCGCGAUAGUGAGGAGCUUUAUACCCACGAAGGACCGGAUGGACAGAAAUUCCACCGCUUCGAUCGGCUCCGCAGAUUUGGAACGAAGGCCCAGACCCUCAACACUGGAAGCAAAUACACCGAUAUUGCUGUCACACUCAACGCCGGCGGCAAGACAAAGCCGCAAGGCGCCUACUACUACCCUAUUCUCGGCAAGACUCGCGUCAAGCCCGAUCGCUCUCGCACUAUUUUGGAGGCUGGUCUUGCCCCUGGUUCUGCAAAUGGCGCUGAGACGGAAGACCAGAUUGAUCAGAUGCAAGUGACAGUCCGUGAUCCCGACGAUGCUGAAUUGUAUAAGCGUGCCCAGCAUCGCGCCAACAUCGACCCCAAGUUCGGAAAGACUCUCCCCCCGCCCCCUGAGAUUCCUGAGGAGCAAGAACAGAAGCAGGAGGAGCAGGGCUCUCCGGAGGCAGAGCAGCCUGCCGAGGGUGAGGCGGACGAUGAGGACACCCGGAUGAGCGAUGAGUAA